UAUUCGUUGCAUCAACUAGUGCAGUGCUUGUCAAUAUUUUCACAGUAGUACUGUGUUUAUAAGCUGUAAUAUUUAUUAUAAAAAAUUUAUAAUUUUUAUUACCAAAAUAAUUAUUAUUGAAAAAACUUAAUAGUUAGAGCUUAAAUAUGCUCUUUAUAAGAAUAGUUAAUAAACAUACAUGACAGAUGACUUCCUAACCUCAACUAUUAUAAUCUUCCCAUAAAUUUUAAUUUUUCGAAUCAAUUCAAAAAUAUUUCACAUUUGAUUAAAAUAUUUUUUCAAAUCAUGAUUAAGGCAAUUUUAGUAUUUAAUAAUCAUGGAAAGCCACGUUUAUCGAAAUUUUAUCAUUAUUUCAAUGAAGAUAUGCAACAACAAAUAAUAAAAGAAACAUUUCAACUGGUAUCUAAAAGAGAUGAUAACGUGUGCAAUUUCUUAGAAGGUGGAAGUUUGAUUGGUGGAUCAGAUUAUAAAUUGAUUUAUAGGCACUAUGCCACACUUUACUUCGUAUUUUGUGUUGAUAGUUCAGAGUCUGAACUGGGAAUAUUAGAUUUAAUCCAAGUUUUUGUAGAAACGCUAGAUAAAUGUUUUGAGAAUGUUUGUGAACUAGAUCUCAUCUUCCACGUAGACAAAGUGCAUUACAUUCUCAAUGAAUUAGUGAUGGGUGGAAUGGUUCUAGAAACUAAUAUGACUGAGAUACUUACAAGGAUCGAGGACCAAAAUAAAUUAGAAAAACAAGAGGCGGGAAUUACAGCAGCCCCAGCAAGAGCUGUCUCUGCAGUGAAAAACAUGAACAUUCCACAGCAAAUUAAGGAUAUGAAGUUACCCGAUUUACCACAAGCUAUAAAAGACUUGAAAUUCUGACCAGCAAUAUCAUCUUUAGAACCUCGCUGACGGAAUAUUUCUAGAGAAUGUGCAAUCAAUUUAAAAUAUGAAAUCUAUUUACCUACAAUACCAUUAUUUAUAUUUUGAUAAAUGUAAUCAAAUCAUACGUUUUCUUUAUCAAAUGAUUUAACAAGACGAUCGACUUCACAUUUAUAAUUAAUAUAAUAUUAUUAGACAACAUUUAUAAAUAAUAAUAUUAAUCCAUUCAGUACAACCUCUGAUUAUUAUG